AUGUAUCAAAGCCGAAUGUACCGUUAUAACGAAUACAGAGUAACGGACGAUGGUCUACAAGUUUGUAAUUCUUCUGACCCCCGUAUUAAACAAAGAUGGCGGGGUUUGAUUGCUCGGGAAAAGGAAGUGUUGGCUUCCAAACAUUGUAAUGCAUCCGUGGACGGAUUUUUCUACUCCAGUUACACACUGUACAAAAAUUUUACUGUUUUAUUCGAAAUUACUAAUCAGUGUUUCACAAGGCAAAAUUACGGAGUGAUUUUGGGAUAUUUUGCAAUUUGUUCGGCAAAGCAUAAUCUGUCCUGCAAUGACUAUUUGGUUAAAGUGAAAUACGGCGAUCAGUAUAACAUUUUUAAAAACUUAUCGCUGUUUUACAACAAGAUGUACGAUUAUCAUGAAUAUCGACUCGGAAACGAAGGUCUUGAAAUGUGUUCUUCCAAUGAUUUAAGAAUUUGGUUAAUUUGGAUCAGCCGGAAUUUGUGGGAACAGAUCAAAUACAUAUUUAUUAAAUGCCUCGAAUCUAUUUAUACAUUAUCACCAGGGUACUACGCUGUGAAUAAGCAGUUCACUAUCUAUUUGGGGAAUCCUCAAUAUUUGACAAGAAAUGAAUAUAGAGUGUUAAGCGGUGAACCUUAUACAUGCGGAGAAAACUACAGAUCCACGAUGUCAGAGUAUACCAAGGAAGAUCUAUUAAUGUGCAACGAUUCAAUUAUCAAUAUAACAUACGAUGAUGAAUACAAAGUUCGGACUGACUUUUCAAUACUCUAUAAGAACAAGGUGUACGAUUAUACUGAGUAUCGAGUUCUGAAUGAUAGCAUAAAGAUUUGUAACUCCACUGAUAACUACGUGAGGAGUAUUUGGAAAGUACGCAAUAAAUGGGUAAAGGCGACAAUGCAUAAAAAAAUUUGCAAUGACCCCACGGGAGAGUCUUGGUUGCACCGAGAGUAUUACACUGUGAAUAAGCAAUUCACUGCCUAUUCGGGAAGUAAUGGUCAAUAUUUCACAAGAAAUGACUAUUGGGUUUACUACGACGGCAAACUUGUGAUAUGCAAAGAAAACUACAGACCCAAAUCAAUAGAGUAUACCAAGGAAGAUCUAUUAAUGUGCAACGAUUCAAUCAUCAAUAUAACAUACGAUGAUAAAUAUAAAGUUCGGACUGACUUUUCAAUACUCUAUAAGAACAAGGUGUACGAUUAUACGGAGUAUCGAGUUCUGAAUGAUGGCAUCAAGAUUUGUAACUCCACUGAUAACUACCUGCGGAAUAUUUGGAAAGUGCGUAAUAAAUGGGUAAAGGCGGUAAUGCAAUAUAGAAGUUGCAAUGAACUCGCUGCAUAUUUUGUCUUUACCCGACAGGAAUACACCUUGCUUAAGGAUUUUAGAGUUCGCCUUUUGGCAACAAAGCAGCUGAUAACAAAGUACGAUUAUGGCGUGCUUCGAGGUAAACUUAUAACAUGUUUGACGGAAUGCGCCAAUUUUAUUUUUACUAUAAAGUAUGAAGAUAAAUACAGAGUAUGGAACAACUUCUCAAUAAUGUACCGAGGUCGAAUGCACAAUUAUGAUGACUACAGAAUAACAGAUGAUGGUCUACAAGUUUGUAAUUCUUCUGACCGUCUCAUUAAAGAAAAAUGGCGGAAUUUCGUUGUUUCGGAAAAGAUAACGACAGCUUUCAAACAUUGUAUUAAUGCGUCGGUGGACGGUUUUUACCCCGAAAAUUACACAUUACAUACAAACUUUACUGUUCUCUUCAAACCUACCAAUCAAAUUUUCACAAGGCAGAAUUACGGAGUGAUUAUGGGGUAUUUUGCAAUUUGUUCAAGAAAGCUCAGAUUGUCCUGCAAUAAUGAUUUGGUCAAAGUAAAGUACGGUGAACAAUACAAUGUUUUUAAAAACUUUUCGCUGGUUUUAUACCACAACAAGAUGUACGAUUAUCGCGAAUAUCGAUUAAGCCACGACAGUCUUGAAAUGUGUGCUUCCAAUGAUUCAAGAGUUCAGGCGAUUUGGAGAACGCGAAAUUCGUGGCAAAAGUCAUUACCCGCAUCCUGUUAUCAUUCUUAUAAAUUAAACGAAAGGUACUACACUGUGACAAAGCAGUUUGCUGUGUAUUCGGCAGAAAACGGUCAAUAUUUCAAAAUAAAUGAUUAUGCGGUGAUAGACGGUAAACCUCAUGUAUGCGGCAAAGAAAACUUAAGACCAAUUUACUUAAUUACAAACUUUAAGAUUAUUAUAGCACCAUUAUGCGCUUUAGCGCUUUCUAUUAUUUCUUUGCUAUUGUUGUUGAUAGUUUACUGCAUGCUUGCAGAACUGCGCACACUUCCUGGUUUGAAUUUAAUGAGUAUAAGCUUCGCCUUGCUGUUGUGGCAGACUUACCUUGUAGUAUUUUUGUCACUGUAUUCUCAUGUAGGUAAACUAUUUGAGAUACCGUGUGCUAGGCUGUUUGUAGCAAAUAAGUUUAUGACGUAUAAUGUGAUUAUGAAUGCUACUGUUAAUAUCUAUCACUUAAGGAAAACAUUUUGCGGCAAUACUCUGGUGAAAUCUGAUGAACUGAAGAAGUGGAACAGAUUUUUGAAGUAUAGUUUCUUUAGCUGGGGAGUUCCUGCAAUUAUAACGAUUGUUUACAUUGUAUUAGUAAAGAAAGAUGUUCUAAGGUUUGAUAAACCUAUAGCGUAUGUGAAGAACGACGUUCAAUCGAGCUUACCGAGCUUUUAUAGACGCAUUGUAUUUACGAGUGGAAAUGGAACGGCAAAUAAUAUAGAGAUUUAUCACCGUAUUGCCCAGUCAAGGUUCAAUCAAAGCACUGUACUUGGGAAGGAAGAUGCGACGUUAAAGUUUUAUGAACGCAUUGUAUUCGCGCAUGGAGAUGUGAGAGAAGAUGAUGGAAGGAUUUAUCAGCAGAUCUCUGGAGAUUGUAUCAAUGGUCGAAUUACUCCCGAUUGGUCAGCUGCUGUUGAUGUAUAUGGCCUUCAAGGUUGUCUUUUGUUGUACAUUAUUGGAAUGUUCAUCUUCACUGCUUAUCGAAUUCGCCAAAAACUCAAGGCAAGCAGGGACACUGAACAGAAAUCGAAUAUUGUUAAGCGUCGUAAAUUUGUCAUAUUGCUCAAGCUGUCAACCACUACAGCCUUAAGUUAUUGGUUUCCUCUCCUCAUAUCUAGAAUCGUGGAUUUUGAUUUCGACAUAAAGAUAGCGCUGUAUACUGUAACGUUACUUACAGGGGCCUAUAUUGGUAUUGCGUUUGUUUUCACACGAAGAAAUUAUCCGUUGCUCAAGAAAAAAUUUUUCCCAGCAAACAAUAAGCCGCCAGUUACAGAAAUUUCGCUGAACAGACUAUAG